CGUUUUAGCCACUUCCUUUGCAACCAUGCCGGUCCUAGAAACACUUGGUGGUGCUCUUUUUGGUGCUGUUCUUCAGGUGCUAUUUGACAAGCUGGAUUCUCAUCAUGUUCUGAACUACUUUCGUGGGAGAAAUCUGGACGAGAAGCUGCUGAAGAAGUUGAAGAGGAAGCUGAUGGACAUCAAUGCUGUGAUUGAUGAUGCAGAACAAAAGCAGUUCAGUAACUCAUUGGUCAAAGAAUGGCUUGAUGAGGUCAGAGACACGUUGUAUGAUGCAGAGGACAUAUUGGAUGAAAUAGACUAUGAAUUCUCCAAAACUGUGUUGGAAGCUGAAUCCCAGACCAGUUCUAGCAAGGUACGCAGUCUUGAGUCCAAGAUGAUAGAAGUCUUGGAUGAUCUAGAAUCUCUCUCAAACCAAAAGGUUGUUCAAGAUUUCAAAAUUUCUAGUAGUGUUAGACCUGGGUUGGAUAAUAAAGUGUCGGAGAAAAAAGUUGAAUCAACAUCGUUGGUGGCCGAAGAGGUUAUUUAUGGUAGAGAUGAGGACAAAGAAAUGAUCCUUAGUUUGUUGACAUCUGACACCAAUGAUAAUAAGCUAUCAAUACUUUCUAUUGUGGGUAUGGGCGGGGUGGGUAAGACCACACUUGCUCAACAUUUAUACAAUAACCCAAAGACCAAUGAAGCUAAAUUUGAUGAAAAAGCUUGGGUCUGUGUUUCUGAUGUAUUUGAUGUUUUGACGGUAUCAAAAGCAGUUUUUGGGGCGUUCACUAACUCAAGAGAUGAUAGUCAAGGCCUAGAAAUGGUUCAUAGAAAAUUGAAAGAGAGAUUGUCAGGAAGGAAGUUUCUUCUGGUUCUUGAUGAUGUUUGGAACGAAGACCGAAACCAAUGGAAAGCAUUACAAACUCCUCUUAUGUGUGGAGCUAAGGGAAGUAAAAUUCUGGUCACGACACGCAGUAGCAAAGUUGCUUCUAUCAUGCAGUCAAGCUACAUACACCAACUAAAGCAAUUACGUAAAGAUCACAGUUGGCAAGUUUUGGCAAAACAUGCAUUCCAAGACGAAAACUCAAAGAUUAAUUCUGAGUUGGAGGAGAUUGGCAUGAAGAUUGUUGAAAAGUGCAAGGGAUUGCCUCUGGCCCUCGAAACGUUGGGAUGUCUCUUACACACAAAGUCAUCUGUCUCAGAGUGGGAAAGUGUAUUGAGAAGCGAGAUAUGGGACAUACCGACAGAAGAUAGUCAGAUCAUCCCCGCUUUGUUGUUGAGCUAUUACCAUCUUCCUUCUCAUCUCAAGAGAUGUUUUUCUUAUUGUGCGUUAUUCCCCAAAGACUAUGAGUUUGACAAGAAGAGCCUAAUUCUCUUGUGGAUGGCUGAAAACUUUCUACAAUGCUCUAAACAUAGUAAGUCUCCAGAAGAAGUAGGUGAACAGUACUUCAAUGAUCUAUUAUCAAGGUCAUUCUUUCAACAGAUAGUCACUUACAACAAAAUCUAUUUUGUUAUGCACGACCUUCUCAAUGAUUUAGCAAAAUAUGUUUUUGGUGAAAUCUGCCAUAGGUUGGGUGUUGAUAGAGUAGAAAAAGUAUCUAAGAAAACUCGUCACUUGUCAACUAUAAUCGAUCCUGUUCAAUAUUAUACGAGUUUACGUAAUGCCGAAGGGUUACGGACUUUUAUAUUCAUUGAUGUGGACCGUGAGAUGUCAAUACAACGUGAGAUGUCAAUACAAGAGUUGAUCUCAAACUUGAAGUUCUUACGGCUCUUAUCAUUGUCUUCGUGUUACAACAUAGAAGAGGUGCCUGACAGUAUAGGAAAUCUUAUACAUCUCCGUUUACUAGACCUUUCAAAUACACCCAUAAAGAGACUUCCUAAGCCAGUGAGUUCACUCUGUAACUUGCUAGUGUUGAGGUUGAACCAUUGUUACGAUUUGAAGGAGUUGCCCUCGACUUUGCAUGAACUCACCAAUUUGCGCUGCCUUGAACUUUUGGGAACUACUUUAAGAAAGGCUCCAGUGCUUUUAGGAAAACUGAAGAAUCUACAGGUAUGGAUGAAAGAGUUUGAGUUCAGUAUUCGACAUCUGGGAGAACUUGAUCUUCACGGACAGCUGUCAAUUCAAAAUCUUGAAAAUAUUGUGAAUCCCUGUGAUAUAUUGGCAGCAGAAAACUCAAAGCUGUAA